AUGUCUGGACUCAAGGCCGGCGAGCAGUUCCCUGAGGGCGUCAAGUUCAAGUACAUCCCCUGGACCACGGCCGACACCAAGGUCUGCGGUUUCCCAGUCACCUACGAUGCCAGCAAGGAGUUUGCCAACAAGAAGGUCGUCCUCGUCUCCGUUCCAGGUGCCUUCACCCCAACCUGCUCCGCUAACCACGUCCCCCGCUACAUCGAACACAUCGCCGACCUCAAAAACAAAGGCGUCGACACCCUCCUCAUCAUCGCCCCCAACGACGCCUACGUCAUGUCCGGCUGGCAAAAAGUCAACACCAUCGACACCACCGACCCCUCCGCCAACACCUCCAUAAUCUUCGCCUCCGACCUCGAGACCAAGCUCGCAGCGCAAAUCGGCUGGACGGCCCCGGGAGACCGCAACGGGCGCUGGGCGGCGGUGAUUGAUCAUGGGAAGGUGACGUAUGCGGAGGUGGAGACGGAGCUGCAGGCUGUGAGUGUUAGUGGGGUUGAGGCGGUGUUGAAGGCACUCUAG